CCUUGAGGCCCCGCCUCUCCCUCCUCCUCAGCCGGGGGCUUCAGACACACCAGGCGCCAGCCGCGCAACUGCACCGCUGCAGGGCCAUGGGUCUCUGGCUCGCAUCAACUCCCCGCGAGCCCGCCCUAUCUGCCGCUUGACUGGAGGCCCAGGUGGUCAUCAUGGGCCAGUGCUACUACAAUGAGAGCAUCGGCUUUUUCUAUAACAACAGUGGCAAAGAGCUGAGCCUUCACUGGUGCCCCAAAGAUGUCGUGGUGGUGACCCUGGGACUGACAGUCAGUGUGCUGGUGUUGCUGACCAACCUGCUGGUCAUUGCAGCCAUCGCCUCCAACCGUCGCUUCCACCAGCCCAUAUACUACCUGCUCGGCAACUUGGCUGCCGCUGACCUGUUCGCUGGCAUGGCCUACCUCUUCCUCAUGUUCCAUACUGGCCCACGCACUGCCAGGCUCUCCAUCAAAGGCUGGUUCCUUCGACAGGGCCUGCUGGACACCAGCCUGACGGCGUCCGUGGCCACACUGCUGGCUAUCGCCGUGGAGCGGCACCGGAGCGUGAUGGCCGUGCAGCUACACAGCCGCCUUCCCCAGGGUCGUGUGGUCACCCUCAUUGUGGGUGUGUGGGUAGCUGCGCUGGGUCUGGGGUUGCUGCCUGCACACUUCUGGCACUGCCUCUGUGACUUGGACAGUUGCUCACAAAUGGUGCCCCUCUUUAGCCGCUCCUACCUGGCCGUGUGGGCCCUGUCCAGCCUGCUUGUCUUUCUGCUCAUGGUAGCCGUCUACACGCGCAUUUUCUUCUAUGUGCGCAGACGGGUGGAGCGCAUGGCGGAGCACGUCAGCUGCCAUCCCCGCUACCGAGAGACGACACUCAGCCUGGUCAAGACUGUUGUCAUCAUCCUGGGGGCAUUCGUGGUGUGCUGGACGCCGGGCCAGGUGGUCCUGCUCCUGGAUGGCCUGGACUGUAAAUCCUGCAACGUUCUGGCUGUGGAGAAGUACUUCCUGCUCCUGGCGGAGGCCAACUCCCUGGUCAACGCUGUGGUGUACUCCUGCCGAGACGCUGAGAUGCGCCGCACCUUCCGCCGCCUUCUCUGCUGCGUGUGUUCCCGCUGGUCUAAACACAAGUCUGCCCGGUACUCGUCUUCUGCCCGGACGGGUGCCAGCACCCGGGUCAUGCUUCCUGAGAAUGGCCACCCGCUGAUGGACUCCUCCCUUUAGCUACUUUGGACCUAGGCAGGAGGCAGGAGCUUCCACUGUCGGCAGCCCGUGACCACUUGC